GAAAUUUAUGCUAAACCGAACUCUAUUGUUUGGGUCUCUCUUUUUUCUUUUGAAGAUAUUUUGGCUCGUGCACCCAUACAAAAACAGUUAUCCGGUUGCGGGUUGGGUCUGACGGGUUAGCCUGUAACAAAUUAAACAGCUCGGUUGCCCCGACGACUACGCCAAACUGCAUCCAAUGAGCGGAAGCGAGGGCAGCUCGGGGCAUUCCGCCGCCGGAGACGGGCAGCCACGCCAGUCGACGGAGAGAGACAGGAAGAAAGAGAAGGCGCGGGUGAGCAAGACGUCUCAAAUUCUGUGGCACGCGCACCAGAACGACACCGCGGCAGUCAGGAAGCUACUUGAGGAGGAUCCAACACUGGUGCGCGCUAGAGACUAUGAUAAUCGGACUCCGCUCCACGUGGCGGCAAUCCACGGCUGGAUCGACGUCGCCAGGUGUCUUCUGGAAUGCAAAGCAGAUGUCAACGCUCAAGAUCGCUGGAAAAACACGCCUUUAGCUGAUGCAGAAGGAGCAAAGAGAUCUGGCAUGAUUGAAUUAUUAAAAUCCCAUGGUGGACUGUCUUAUGGUCAGAAUGGAAGCCAUUUUGAACCAAGACCUGUACCACCCCCUCUACCAAAUAAGUGUGACUGGGAGAUAGAUCCUGAUGAGCUGGACUUCUCAAACUCAACUCUCGUAGGGAAGGGGUCUUUCGGGGAGAUAGUAAAAGCUUCUUGGCGGGGGACACCAGUAGCCGUCAAACGCAUUCUUCCAAGCCUUUCAGAUGAUAGAUUAGUGAUUCAGGACUUCAGGCAUGAGGUCAAUUUGCUAGUGAAGCUUCGUCAUCCAAACAUUGUCCAAUUUCUUGGAGCAGUUACCGAGAAAAAGCCCUUAAUGUUAAUUACGGAGUACUUGAGAGGGGGUGAUCUUCAUCAGCACCUAAAGGGAAAAGGGCCACUGAAUCCAUCAACAGCAGUAAAUUUUGCGAUGGAUAUUGCUAGAGGCAUGGCUUACCUCCAUAGUGAGCCCAAUGUUAUAAUACACAGAGAUCUUAAACCAAGGAAUGUUCUGCUUGUCAACACAAGUGCUGACCAUUUAAAAGUAGGAGACUUUGGGUUAAGCAAGCUCAUAAGGGUACAACAUUCUCAUGAUGUAUACAAAUUGACUGGCGAGACAGGAAGCUACCGUUACAUGGCACCUGAAGUCUUCAAGCACCGGAAAUAUGAUAAGAAGGUCGAUGUUUUCUCUUUUGCAAUGAUACUGUACGAGAUGCUUGAAGGCGAACCUCCAUUAUCACAUUAUGAACCAUAUGAAGCAGCAAGAUAUGUGGCAGAAGGACACAGGCCAAUGUUUAGAGCAAAAGGUUUCAUCCCUGAAUUGAGAGAGUUAACUGAGCAGUGCUGGUCAGCAGACAUGAACCAGAGACCACCUUUCCUGGAGAUUUUGAAGAGACUUGAAAAGAUCAAGGAAGUGCUACCAUCUGAUCAUCAUUGGCACAUCUUUACAUCAUGAUAAGACGCCUGUGACAAAUGUCAAGACCACUCACUUUCUUAUCAGACAAUAUCUCCUUUCACCCCAGAACUUGUGGGAUGAGAUGGAUUGCUAAUAGGCUUUGUGCUUGGUGAGUUUGCAAGAGUAGUUGCUGCGACCAAUUUCACUGUACAAUCCAGAGUUAAUUGUUGGAAGUGGUUAUGCAGUUAACACUAAUCUGAACGGGUUUUACAAUGCUUGCCUUGAUCAACAUUCUUGAUCGACUUGUCUUGUGUGUAAAUUUUUCUUUGCUGUAAUCUGAAGUAGCUCAAACUGAGCAACUUCUAGUAAUCUCAGACAGACUAGAUAAUGACUAUGUGAAAAUCUGUAUUUCUAAGUCCCACAUUGUACUUGUCUUGUUUUAUGUUUAAAGUAGCUGUUGAAGACAUGUUUGCCACAAGUCAAAUUUCUUAUACCCA